CCCGUUGCUAGGGCCCCCUCGCGCCCUCCAGAGUGCCCGAGUUCGCGAGUCUCAGGGUGGCGACUGGAAGGAGCCGAGCACCUUCUCUGCGCCUGCGCGCUCCGUGCCCGCGACGCGAACGCGGCCUCACCUUUUCCUGCCCGGAGUGAGAGGAUAUCGCUGUCCCGGCUCCUCCCUCCUGAAGACCCCCUCCCUGUCCUCUGUAGCUCUGAUAGUGCCCUGACCCCCGCUGCCACCGUCCUUCAGAGAGCAACGGAAGAGCUUCCCGGAGGGCGAGGGAAAGAGGGAAAGUAGCCAGCAAUGUCGAACGCAAUGUAUGAUAAGAUAUGGCAUCAGACGCAAGAAGCCCUCAGUGCUUUACUCGAUAAAGAGUCUCAGAAGAUGAUUGAGCCACAGAGAAAUCAAGUGUUCAUCUUCCAAACAUUAGCCACCUUCUACAUAAAGUAUGUGCAGAUCUUUAGAAACCUGGAGAAUGUCUAUGACCAGAUCAUCCACCCCCAGAAACGAAUACUGAUCAGGAAAGUCCUGGACGGGGUGAUGGGCCGCGUCCUGGAGCUGAAGAACGAGAUGGUGGAACUGGAACUCACGGAGUUCCAUUAUUUUGAUGACAUCCUGCAGGAUCUAAAGCUGACCCCCCAACAAUUAGAUAUUCCCAUACCCAAGUAUUUUUUGAAGGAGAAGUUGGAAGUAAUAAAAGGAAGAGAGAAAAUUCUCGCUCAAAUAUUAGCCGACAGUGGAAUAGACACAUCUGAAGUGAAAUACUCUGUAAAGAGUAUCCCUUUGGAUGAGGCUGUAAAAUUAAUCCAGAUUGCUGAGAGGGCACGGCAAGGUCGCCUAAGGGCAUUAUUCAUGAAGCAAAUCUUUCUGCAAGAAUAUAAAGCAAAGCAAUCCAAGAUACUUAGCAAGAAAGUGAUGGAUCCCUGGGCUGCUGCACUCCGUAUUCAGAAGGCUUGGCGAGGUUUCCAUCAAUGUAAGAACACCGAAAAACUGAGAGAAAAGGAGAUGAUCUUCCUGGGUAUGACUCCACCUCCUCUCUUUAAUGAAGUCAGUGCUACAGUAAUACAGGCUGAAAAGGUGGACCACCUACGGAAUGAGGUUCAGCUAAAGCAUGAAGAGGACUACAGGGAGGCCCUGGUAACCAUCAAGAAUGACCUGAAGUUGAUGGAAGGCCUGGACAUCAAGGAGAACCUUCAAGACCAGAUCCGCCAUUGGUUCAUCGAAUGCAGGAAUUUAACUGGGACAUUUCCUGACUACCCUGACAUUGAAGAAGGAGGGUCAGCUAUUAUUUUUUCUAACAAGACCACACAACAGGUUAUUGAGGAUAUCAUUGCAAAGCAAGAAGAAGAAGAAAAAAAUGAAAAGAAGAAAAAGAAGAAAAAGGAAAAACAACCUAAGAAAGCCAAAAAGCAAAAGAAGGGAACAAAGGAAGAAAAUAAGGAAGAAGAUAAAGAGUGGAAAAUGUCACCAAGUGUUUUUCUUUCUGCAAUGAAGGAAGGAAAUAAUACAUACAAAGACAUCUGGAUGAACAAAGAUGAAUCUUGGAAUUUCUCUCAGGACUAUGAUCCAGAACUGAUCAAAGAGGAGAAACGGAAAGAAUUGGAGUCAGAGAUCAGGGUCCAGGUUGAUGAGUUGAUGAGACAGGAGCUAAAAAACUUAAAGCUAGCUGUGGACAGAGAAAGGGAGCACCCAGAGAAAGCAAGAAAGAAGAAGGAGAAGAAAGGAAAGAAAGGCAAAAAGAAAGAGAAAAAGGCCAAGAAGGAUAAAGAUCUAACAGCCGACAGGACCAUCGAGUCUCUGUAUAAGGAACUGGUGGAAGAAGGGUUACUGAUCCAGGCUCUGAAAGUCAACCUCUCUGAUUACAUUGGUGAGUACAGCUACCUGGGGACCACUCUUCGCCAGGUGUCCAUAGAACCCAUGCCCUCCCUCCUGGAUGUCAGACAGCUCAUCACGUUGUACGGAAUCUGGCCAUUAGGUUCUGCAGCAGUGCAUGAGAAAGCUCCUUUGGUGAAAUCGCUGCUGUUAGUCGGGCCGUCUGGGGUGGGGAAGAAAAUGCUGGUCCACGCCAUCUGCACUGAAACGGGAGCCAACCUCUUCAACUUGUCAUCCUCUAACAUCGCUGGGAAAUACCCUGGCAAAAAUGGCCUCCAGAUGAUGCUGCAUGCAGUCUUCAAGGUGGCUCGUCAGCUCCAGCCCUCCGUGGUGUGGAUUGAAGAUACUGAAAAAACCUUCUACAAAAGAGUUCCCAGUGAAGAAAAGAUGAAUGAACCUAAACGCCUGAAAAAACACCUUCCCAAAAUCCUGAAACUCCUGAAACCAGAAGACCGGAUUCUGAUUGUGGGGACCACACAGCGUCCCUUUGAUGCCGAACUCCAAUCUUUCUGCAAAGUUUACCAGAAAAUUAUUUUGGUGCCCAGACCAGACUAUGCUUCCAGAUACGUUCUGUGGAAACAAAUCAUUGAAUGCAAUGGAGGAGUCCUCACCAGUGCCUUGAAUGUCAGCUGCCUGGCAAAAGUCACUGACGGCUUCACUCAAGGACAUAUAGUCCAAGCAGUGAAAGCCGUGCUCACAGAUCAGAGAGUCCGGCGGCAAACUUACAAACCACUCACCACAGUCGAGUUUAUUAUGGCCAUAACCAGCAUGAACCCGGUGUACAAAGAGGAAGAAGAGAGCUUUAAGAACUGGUAUGCCAAAACCCCUCUGGGUAAAAAACGAGCCUUGGCGAUAACAGGAGGUAGCACAGAAAAGGCAAAGAACAGCGGGAAAAAGAAAGAAAAGAAAGAGAAAAAAGAAAAAAAGAAAAAGUAA